AGUGACCCAGAUAGCUUCAGUUCUCGCGAGAAUGACAGUAGUUUCCGCCGUAGCUGUUUGCAGGCCGUUAGCUGUCGGACACGCUGCCAAAUUUCGUUUCUGCUGCCUUUAUUGUUGAACUGACUGCAAUGGAAGAACUUGGAGUCACAGACGAGGCAGAAAAGCCCAGACAUCGACCUUUCUUAAUCGGUGUUAGCGGAGGCACGGCCAGCGGAAAGUCUACAGUUUGCGCCAAGAUCAUGGAGCUUCUGGGGCAGCACAAGGUGGACCACCGCCAGAGAAAGGUGGCCAUCAUCAGCCAGGACUGUUUCUACAACGUGCUGACUCCAGAUCAGAAGGCUAAAGCCCUUAAAGGACAAUACAACUUUGAUCACCCAGAGGCAUUCGACAACGAGUUUAUGUACAAAACCUUGAAGGACAUUGCAGAGGGGAGGCCGGUCGAGGUGCCAACAUACGACUUCAUCACCCAUUCCAGGUUGGAAGACAGGAUCACGGUUUACCCAGCGGAUGUCGUCCUCUUUGAAGGGAUCCUCGUUUUCUACCCCCAGAAAGUGCGCGAGAUGUUCCACAUGAAGCUCUUCGUGGACACGGAUUCAGAUGUCAGGUUGUCUCGAAGAGUGCUGAGAGACAUGAACCGAGGGAGGGACCUGGAGCAGAUUCUGAAUCAGUACACAACAUUUGUAAAGCCUGCGUUUGAGGAGUUUUGCCUGCCUACUAAAAAGUAUGCAGAUGUCAUCAUUCCGAGAGGGGUUGACAAUAUGGUGGCCAUCAACCUGAUUGUGCAGCACAUCCAGGAUAUUCUGAAUGGUGACAUUUGCAAGUGGCAGCGGGGAAACAUCAACAGCCAUGGCCGAGCCUGCAAAAGGCUGAUCUCGGAGCAGAGCGACCUGCAGAACGGAUCCACCAACCCUCCAAUUAAGAGGGUCCUGCUGGAGCCUAGUAGUCGGCCCCACUGAAACGGAGAGGAUGUAUGUGUGUGUUGUGGGUGUAUGAGUGAACGGGAACAGUUAGGUCCAGACCGUGGAGCUGCAGCGUGAACUGAUGUUACUUUGCCAGAAUGUUACACAUUCUGCAGUUUAGGGUAAUGUCAGUUAUUCAGUGUUACAAGUUGUAGUUAUUAACAGGGUUCCUGCACUGUACGGAAGUAACCAGUGUUCCCAAAGGCUUUGUUUGUUUAGAUUUUUAAAAUGGGUAAAUAAGCAGUUACUAACCCAGGUCCUAUGAUUAUUAAUAAGAACAUGUUUUCUUUGAGUCGUGCUUUUGCACUUUUAAA